CAGCGUUGCACUUGUCAGAAAUGAGUCAGAUUUAUAAAUGCGUUUUUUGAGGAAAACGAGAUAACAAGCUUGUAAAUUGCUUCACGCUCUUCAGGAAUUCACGUUUUACGAUAUUUACCACCCCCGAAAAUGGUUGAAACGUUGUCGGUGUCGCUCCAAGGUCCAGCGUUUUCCUUCCUGUUGUACGAAAAUCUGAAGAGCAAAUUCUCUCAGGAGGGUUUUCUCUUAGGCGAGUUUGUCGAGAAAGAAACUAAAACCAUCACCGACAACGACCAGCAACAAAUCAACAUCGCGCGAACAAUCCGAAUCAAGUGUGCAGUGCCAUGCCCCCAGUUCUUCCGCUUUUACGACGGCGUUGGUCGAAUCAACGUGGAGAAAAUCCGCACCUUUUUGGGUGACCUAGCGCCGAAAGUAGUGGCGUGGUAUAAGUACAAACCAUCCUCGAGUUUCAAUAUCACGUUCCGCGAGAAAAUCAUCCACAGGCAGUUGGCGGAAUUGUUCAAUUUACCACCAGAGUUCUUCAGUUGUUGUCUUCUGAUAAGUGAGAGUUCGGACAACAAUUCCACCCAUUCUUUCACCCAAACUUUCAUGAGGUAUUGUAACCUCAAGUAUGAACAGUUACCACUACAUAUAAUAAACCUAAGUGACGAAAGCAAAACGUACAAAACUCCAGAGCAGACUUCAGAGACGUUCAGGGACAUCGUGAGCGCGCUCAAACUCAAUUACAAAAAAUCUCAGGGGAUCAACGUCAUCACAAAGAUACAAAAUGCCUUACAGAAGCACACAGAGCAGGUCGUGGACGAGCUGGCCGAAGUGGAGGCGCGGUUGUUUCAGCUGGAGAACGAAGUGAGGCAUAGGAAGGAAGCGGCGAAGAAGGACCUCAGUGCCUCGAACGAGAACCAGUUGAACGAUGUGGCGAUGGACACGGAUUCGGAGAUGAGUCCGGUCACCACCCCUGUGAAAAACAGCGGGAAAGGGAAGACGAACUCCGUUAACAGGACACCAAAGAGAAACAGUCAAAGUCCGGCGAAGAAGACGAGUCCCGGCGGACGCGAAAUCCUCACCAGAUCAAAGAAAAAAGUCUAAAGUUCAAAUAUAAAUAGUUUAUAUUAAUCGUAAAUGCCUUGGUGUAUUAUAAGUAAUGAAAUUUGUUUUUGUAUUGUUAUAAAUGCAUGGUUUUUUUAGUUGGUGAAUUUAGCUUCAGUGGCCAUUUUUUACUAACAAUAAAUUCACAACAUUUUUCGUGAAGAA